CUAACUGUCUUAGAAUACAUGUGUGUGUGUGUGAUUUCAGGUUUUGACUUGUUUUUAUGGCAGUUAAUUUCGCAACCGAAUGAUGAUGAGCAACGACAUGAGGUGGAUUUUGAGUUCUUAGGUUCUAAUACACAACAUUAUCUGCUAAGCACAAAUGUGAUUUCCCAUGGCAACCUACAUAGAGAGCAGCAGUUUGCUUUAUGGUUUGAUCCUGCUGCAGAUUUGCAUUUUUACCAAAUUCUGUGGAAUCGACACCAAUUAGUGUUAUUUGUGGAUGGCACCCCUAUAAGAGUGUUGAAGAAUGGCCCAAGUAUUGAAGGGAUUUUUCCAACAAAACCCAUGGAAAUACAAGGCACCAUAUGGAAUGCAACAUGGGGAUCCCAAGGAAAAGCAGUUAACCGGGGUGAAGGACCUUUCCAUGCCUACUAUCAAGGAUUUGGCGUUGAUGGGUGUUUAACCAAGUUGAAUAAUCCUCAAGAAUGCUAUGGUCUCAACUAUGAGUGGAACAGAAAAGAGUUAUGGGCAUUAAACCAGCAUCAGCAAAAGGCAUAUGAGCAUGUUAGAAGGAAGUACUUAACAUAUGACUACUGCACGAAGACCAGCAGUCCAACCCCAGAAUGCAACAUCAACUACUAG